CCCGCGUUUGCGGGGGCCACGAUGCAGCCGCCCGCGGGCUCGGAGGCCGCCCGGGAGGCGUUGGGCCGCGACGUGCUGGCCGCGGACCUCCUGUGCAGCGUCUUCGCGUCGGCGCUGCAAAGCUACAAGCGCGACUCGGUGCUGCGGCCCUUCCCCGCCGCCUACGCCUGCCGCGGCCGCAAGGACUUCGAGGCCCUGCUUGCUGAUGCCAGCAAGUUACCCAACCUUCGAGAACUUCUCCAGUCCUCAAGCGACAAAGACAAACGGGCCUGGGACCUGGUCAGCUGGAUUUUAUCUUCAAAGGUCCUAGCCAUCCAUAGUGCAAAGAAGUCAGAGUUUGAGAAGAUCCAAAAGCUGACUGGAGCCCCUCACACGCCUGUCCCUGUACCAGACUUCCUAUUUGAAAUCGAAUACUUCAACCCAGCUAAUGCCAAGUUUUAUGAGACCAAAGGCGAUCGAGAACUCAUUUAUGCCUUCCAUGGCAGCCGCCUAGAGAACUUCCAUUCCCAUCCAUCCCACAAUGGCCUGCACUGCCACCUGAACAAGACAUCCCUGUUUGGGGAAGGGACUUACCUCACAGUGACCAUGAGUCUGGCUCUCAUUUAUAGCCCCUACGGCCACGGAUGGCAAAGCGUAGCCUCCGGUCUCAUUCUCAGCUGCGUGGCCGUGUGUGAGGUCAUCGACCAUCCGGAUGUCAAGUGCCAGACCAAGAAAGAAGGGUGAGUGAGCAGAGAAAUAGACCGCAGGAGAGCAAGAAUCAAGCAUAGUGAAGGGGGCGACAUCCCCCCCAAGUACUUUGUGGUCACCAAUAACCAGCUUCUGCGUGUGAAGUACCUGUUGGUUUACUCACAGAAGCAGCCCAAGAGCAGGGCAUGCAGCCUGCUCUCCUGGGUCUCCAGCCAUUGGUCUAUUGUCAUGAUCUGCCUGUAUCUGCUGUUGUGCUUGCUGGUGAGCGUCAUCAUCUCCACCUUCCAGCAGCUCUGGAGCCAUGCAAAGAGAUAAUCUUCCCCUGACCUGGUAUGG